CUGGAGGCGAUGGAUAUCCAGCUUCCCGUCUGGGUUCCUGGGCUGACACGCUGGGAUAUCGCAUGGGUCCCCAAAGAGCAAAGUAUGAAGCUGAAAGAGGCAAGUCUUCCCAGCGGUCAUCAGAAGUCCUGAAGGAAAUCCUGAAGGACCUGGACAAGGCAGCGCUUGAGAUGGACCGUGAGACUGCGGAGAAUGAGGCGCUUCAGGAAGGAGGCAGUCACGCGGUGCCAGUCUCUGAUGACAGAAGAGGGGCAAUUCAGUCAGUGGAGGUGCCAGGCGUGGAUGGCACGAGAAACAGAAAUGCUAUGGAUCCAAAAGCUUUCCAGAAGUACUGCAUAGAAGGCUCCGUGGCGGUCGUGGGCUCCAUAUUGCUUGGGAUGGUUUUCUGUUGUGUGAUCCGCCUGUGGAGGAAGAGAAGGCGGCGCCUCGCCGCAGCUUCGAGAGCCCGGCCCGACACCAGCAGCUGCCCCUCACACCCGGACACCUGGACUGCCCACCCCAGCACCUCCAAGAGCUGGACCCAACACCAGCAGCCGUCACAUGUGCCUGGAAAAGCGGCCCACCAGCCACGGAGCACCGGCGGGGAACCAGCCUCCACCAGCCCGGACGGCCGCCCGGCCCGCCCGCCUCCGCCCCGGCCCAAAUGGCUGUCCAACUCAGCCAGCCAGGUGUUGCGGGACCGGCCCAGCACCCUCCGGGCCCCGGAGAAACGGCAACCACCCCCUCGCCCCCCAAGCCCAUUUCUCCAGCCCUCCUGCAAGGGCCUGGGGCAGUCCCGCCAGGAUAUGGAUUUGGGGAGCGACGGUGAAUGCGAGGGCCAAUAGGGGAGUGACAACAAAUACGAUUUCCUUGGAUGACAAGGUCACGGACCUAGUUGGCCAAGAGAAGCCAGCUGAUGUGAUCUUUCUGGAUUUCAGUAGAGCUUUUGAUACUGUC